AGAAUAUAAGCUUUUCAGAGACAGAUCAAAAGGCCACAGUCGGAGACAUCCGGGCACUUUUGGUGACCACAAUACAUGCAAAAUCCUGUACAGUCAUCAAAUUGGCUGGCCCCCGGCCGCGGCUCAUUCACUGAGGGAUGGAGGGGAUUAUACAACCCAGGUCAACUAAAAAGUUCACCGAACACCCAACCAAGCAUGAGCCAAGUUAUCUUCAACUUGUGAUGUGACACACCAAUGUUACUUCCAUAUUCAACUAGGUAACGUUAGUUUAGUGUAAGAACACGUAAAACUUCGUCUAACGGUAGCUUUGUUUUCAACAACAUUAACAUCCAUUACAGCUGUAGUGGAAACCAAACGUUAACGGCUAGCAUUGACGCUAACGAAUCAGAGUGGAGUUUAAUACCCAACCUACACUUGCGUUAUAACCGCCCGCUGAAAGAUACAAACGGAGUUUCUAGAAACCUGAGGCUGUAGAGACAUGGUGGGCUAUGACCCUGGUGUCCAGGGUGCACCUCUGUCCCCAAAGGAGGCGGCCUUCGCUGGUUCAGCUGCUGGGAUGGUCACCAGAGCCCUCAUCAGUCCUUUUGAUGUCAUUAAAAUCAGAUUUCAGCUGCAGAUAGAGCGCGUGUCUUCAAAAACACCACAGGGGAAGUACUAUGGGAUAUUUCAGGCAACACGCUGCAUUCAUUUAGAGGAGGGACUGUCUGCUUUCUGGAAGGGCCACAUCCCAGCACAGCUCCUCUCUAUCUGCUACGGAGCUGUCCAGUUUGCGAGUUUUGAGUUUCUGACAGAGUUGGUCCAUCAGAAAACGCUGUAUGACAGCCAGACAGCAGGCGUUCAUUUCGUCUGUGGCGGCUUGGCAGCCUGCUCUGCCACAGUGGUUUGCCAGCCUCUGGACACGCUGCGGACACGCUUUGCAGCUCAGGGAGAACCCAAGGUGUACAGGAACCUGCGACAUGCUGUGUCUACAAUGUGGCGAUCAGAAGGAACUCUAACAUUUUACCGCGGCCUGUCACCAACACUCAUGGCUGUGUUUCCUUACGCUGGCCUGCAGUUCUUCUUCUACAAUAUCUUUAAAAAGUUGUUGGCUCCACAACCCGAAGCUGGGAACUCAGGAGGAAACUUAAAAAGCCUGGUCUGUGGGAGUGGAGCUGGAAUGAUCAGCAAAACAAUCACGUACCCAUUCGAUCUGUUCAAGAAGAGACUGCAGGUGGGGGGCUUUGAAGCAGCCAGAGCUCACUUUGGACAGGUGCGGAGCUACAGAGGUCUGCUCGACUGCAUGGUUCAAAUAGCCAAAGAGGAGGGCUUCCGAGGAUUCUUCAAAGGCCUGUCCCCCAGUCUCGUAAAAGCUGCGCUGUCAACAGGCUUCACCUUUUUUUGGUAUGAAUUUUUUGUCAACGCCAUGCAUAACUUCAAGGAGAAACAGGAAACAAAUGUCAUCGCCAAAGACUUUAACAGAAGAUGAUGAAGGUGGAGGGGAGCAACACACACAAUCACGCACAUUGGAAACUAACUUAUGCCUUGUUAUUUUCUUGCACUGAAAAAAAUGUGUCAACUGGGUCAAUAUCAUCAUUUGUUUCUGUUGUGUUUACAUAUCACGACAGAAAAAUUACUACAUUAUGUUUGUU